AAGAUAUUAGGUUAACUAUAGACCUGCCUUAUUAAUAAGCUGUGGUUAAUUUUCUUGUUGGUGUAUAGAUAGACAGAACUCGCUCUAGAAAGAGAAUAGGCGAGGGUGUAAUACCCCAUCCACUUUAUUGUCAUGAGGUAUAUAUGAUCAUCUAAUUCACAAAGCUAUACUUGGUAUAGGUAAAAGAGGAUGUGCAGGCUGACCAGACAGAGGUCGUACAAGACUUUUCCCUGUGUGAAUGCUCAUGUAAAUAAUACAAUGUACUGCUGACUUUUAUUUCUUAUAGAUAACCCUUACAAAAUAGGUUCUGCGUACACGUGUGAAUAUAGAUAGGGUUGUUUGUGUGUGUGUGGGGGGGUGUACCUAUGUAUGUUUUGGCAUAAAAUACACAAUAAGGAACGAGGCAAAUUUUGAAACCAAUUAUUUCACCUAGUGCCCCCCAAUACAGAGAAGAGAGGAUUGUGUCAUUACUGUAACAUACAAUGUCCAUAAACCAAACAUCUGAGUUGUUUUCAGACACUGUCCCAUAUGUUAACUGAACUUAAAUAAAAAACACUACGUCUCCAGCGCUAGGUACUCGUGCUCUGGAAGUUGUAGCGCGCUAUAGCACCUCCGACUCAUUGUGCCUUAAACCCCUGCUACUCAAAGUGGUGGUCCGCAGACCGGUGCGGGUCCGCGAGCCAUCGGCUGCCGGUCUGCGCAAACACUGGGAAAACCAUCGCGGGUCCCCCACCUCAGACAGCCUGUCACAUGAAUGACAGGCUAUCCCCAGUCCUAGCACCGAGGCCGGAGUUUUCCUUCCCCCUUUCUUUUUGGUGUUGGUUUUCAGGACAUAUUACACCGCAGUGCAUCAUGCUGAUCCCCUGGACAGAAAAAAAAAAAAAACAAAUAAACCCCAGAGUGCUACUCACUCCAUUGUGUGGAGGAGAAGUAUGUCCCGAGCAGAUCGCUGGUGUCUGAGGCACACCGCGUUCCCCUUAUUAUCGCAGCCACUAAUUUGGAGGAGGAAGAGGAGGUGGCGUGGCUAGUACUAGAACAUGGUGUAUGCUCGUGUUUACGCAGCAGCCCGUACCCAAAAUAAUACCCCCUCCUUCGGCCGAGAAGCGGUAGGCGACUGGGUUAACUACAACGCAAAGGAAGGGGAGGGGGCGUUUUGAACUGCUAUUUAGUUCUACUGCAAAAACGCCACCGGAAAGGUUUUAUUUUCUUCUGCAACUCAACCUCCAGGGGCUUCAGUUCAAUCCAGCGCAACCAGCCAGCUCGCCUGAGGGUCCCACGUAGCCUUUUGUUUCGUCCGCCCGAGUGUCUCGCACGUACUACGUGUUGUGUUACUUUGCGCGAAGGAGCCUCUGGCACAAAUCGGUGGCCCGGGGAGGGAGCUGCCGCCGCGCCAGGCAGCACGGGGGUGGCGAGGCCGGGCCGAAGCAGCAGCGGGAAGGGCAGCUGUAACAGUCAUCGGGCGGCGGCGGCUCUGCUUGCAAUUGCAGCGCGAGUCGUCUGCCUCCCCCUCGGGCUUGCUCGGUGCCGUUGCCCUUUUGAAUGCCUCCUGCGGCUCAGAGUGCUGGCAGGGCGCUGGGAGUGUGAGUGAAUGUAGCCCCGCAGAGCCAAUGAGCUGGGACCGGAUGCGAUAUAUCCUCUGGGACAACAACUGCUCUGUUCCUCCUCAGAUCCACAUGACGCCAUUUACUGCUGCUUUUGCAGAGAGAUCACCCUACCUCCUCCGGAAAGGAAAAGAGAGAGAGGGAGCGCGAGCAGAAAAACGCCAAGCCCCUGCAGCUCAGAUCUCAAAUCUUCCUCCUCCUCCUCCAAACACACAACAACAGGCACCGCCACAAAUCCGCUGCGCUUCCAAAACACCCCCUGAUUGCAAACCACAGCGCUGCCUGCAACACUCACACGCUCACAGAGGGAGCGAGAAAGCUAAAGAGAGAGGGGAGCUUGCAGCUUCUCAGCAGAACGGCUACACUGCACAGGCUGCGUUUUUGCAGGAGCUCAGUGGAAGAAAAGCUUUGGGAUUUUAUUUUAGAUCCACUGUAUUGGGUUUGCUUUGGCUUCUCCCUCCCCUCCCGCCCCUUGAUCAUUUGCAACAACAAAAAAAGUGACUUGGUAUUGGCGAUUGACGGGGCGGGGGGAGAGGAAAUAGUGUAUGAGUGAUUUCUUUUUAGGAGCAAAGAAAUACCCACCCGACCUGGAGACCUUUUCUAGAGGUUUAUAUUUAGAAUCGAUCUGGGGACACUGAGGUCACUUUGCUCUGGAUUUUUUGAGAUGAUGGUGAUGAUGAUUUGCAAGUUGGACUAAGGCUGAGUUUGGAAAAGAUUUUUUUUUUUUUUUUUUUUUUUUUUGCUGCUUUAGGCUGGAUUUACUUGCAAACCGCAGGAAGAAGAAAACACGAGAGAGAGGGGGGGUUGGUGCAGUGCCGCGAUCACGAAUAAAGACAGCAUAUGGAGAUGUUCACUGUUGAAGUGUCUGUUUGGAUAUAUUUUACAAUACUGUGGUGUAGUAUUAUUUAUUGAUGGAGUUCAGAUGUGUUCUAAGCCUGCUGGAGUGACCACUCUUCAGGAUACUGAUGGAGACAAGAGCUCAGAAUGGCAGUGGGUCCCAGUCUUUGCUACAGGUUCGGCAUGACGGUGGGAGGCAGCAGGGAGACUCUGACCUGAGGGAUGUUCUGACACAGCAGGUUCAUGUGUUGUCACUGGACCAGAUCAGGGCCAUCCGAAAUACAAAUGAAUACACAGAGGGACCUACAGUGGCUCCACGACCAGGGGUUAAACCUGCCCCUCGUCCAGCAAGCCAGCACAAAAACGAAAGACCUCAUGGCUUGCCUGAACAUCGUCAUCUUACCAGGGUCCAACAUGCACCGGUACAUUCUUCCUCCCGGGCACCCUUGUCCCGUUCCAUCAGUACGGUCAGCACUGGUUCACGGAGCAGUACAAGGACAAGUACAAGCAGUAAUUCAUCUGAACAAAGACUUUUAGGAUCAUCUUCUGGGCCAGUGGCUGAUGGGAUAAUCAGGGUGCAGCCCAAGUCUGAGUUCAAGUCAAGCGAGCUGAAGCCCCUGAGCAAAGAAGACUUGGGCAUGCAUGCCUAUAGGUGUGAGGACUGUGGAAAAUGUAAGUGUAAGGAGUGCACUUCUCCAAGGACCCUACCAUCCUGUUGGAUCUGUGACAAGCAGUGUCUUUGCUCAGCCCAGAAUGUGGUUGAUUAUGGGACUUGUGUUUGCUGUGUGAAAUGCCUCUUCUAUCACUGCUCUAAUGAUGAUGAGGACAACUGUGCUGAUAACCCAUGCUCUUGCAGUCAGUCACAUUGCUGCACUAGAUGGUCUGCCAUGGGUGUUGUAUCCCUCUUUUUGCCUUGCUUGUGGUGUUACUUACCAGCCAAGGGUUGCCUUAAAUUGUGCCAGGGGUGUUAUGACCGGGUAAACCGGCCCGGAUGCCGCUGUAAACACUCAAACACAGUUUGUUGCAAAGUUCCCAGUAUUCCCCCCAGGAACUUUGAAAAGCCAACAUAGCAUCACUAAUCGGGAAUACUAAAGUUAUAAGGAUUCUUCUAACACGCAUAUGCAACCAACUAAACAGCUAUAACCUUGGCACUGUUUUUAGAAGGGUUGGGGGUAUACUUUGCUGUUUGCAGUGAACUGCUUUUCUGCAUGUGUGCCAUCUUAACUGAUAUGCUUGUUAGAACCUAGCUAAUGGAGCUCAAAUAUGGGAUGCAGUACUUUGGGACCCAUAUAUUGCAUAAGCUAAAGCAACACAGACACUCCUAGGUGACUCUAUUGUUUGUGAAUAGUACUUGCAAAAUUUGUAAAUUAGCAAAUGACUCCUUUUUUUUAUUGUUUUCUGCCAGAGAUAAUGUGCUAUAUUUUUGUAUAUACGAUAAUAUUUUCAACUGUGAAAAAAAAAAGUGGUGUCAUAGAACAUGGCACAGUCACAAAAUAUUAUACUAAUAUGUUGUACAUUCGGAAGAAUGUGAAUCAAUCAGUAUGUUUUUAGAUUGUAUUUUUUGCCUGACGGAAACCCUCUAUUACAAGACUUUGAUUUCCCUUUGGACUUCAUGUAUAUUGUACAGUUUCAGUAAAAUUCAGCCUUUAUUUUCUAAUUUUUUUCAACAUAUUGUUUAGUGUAAAGAAUAUUUAUUUGAAGUUUUAUUAUUUUAUAAAAAAGAAAUAUUUAUUUUAAGAGGCAUCUUACAAAUGUCACCCCUUCUUAUGAGGAUGUCACAGUUGCUGCAAAUAAGGGGUGACAGAUGCAUAUGUUCACUAUAAAAUAGAAAAUAUAUUAACGUUUGAAAUUAAA